AUGGUAAUUAUGCUUUUUUCAAGUUUUCCAUCUUUCUACUUUUCAUUAUUUUCACCUCUCAUUUUGCAUUUUUCCAAUUUUUUGCAUUUUCAGUUUUUUGCAUUUUCAAUUUUUUGCAUUUUCUCAUUUUUCAGAUUCAUUCAAUUUAAUUCUAACACUGCGAAUUGCAUUCUCUCACUCAUCAUGGCCAAAGAAGACGAGGAACUAAACGAGAUCUGGUCUCUAUUCAAAGACAGUCCUGAGGAGUACAAGGAAAGAAGGCGACAAAUCACCAAAACCAUCCAGAAUGAAGCCACUGGGUUCCCCACACAAAUGUCAAUAAUCACAGCAUUCGAUGAACUUUUGCUGUGUUUUGCUAUAGGGGGACAAUUGAAGAACUAUUAUCGGUAUGGUACCUAUUCCAACUGUCAGGAACAGCGGGAAAAGUUUUGGUUUUCCAUGAGGCAUGGCAGCUUUUUUGAGUCUGAUGAACCAUUGGAUAAAUUGACUCCGAAGCAGCUUGAAAAACGUCAGAAAAUCGCUGACUUUUAUAAGAAACGGUUGAUGGCAACCAAGGCACGAGGCAGCUCGGAAGAUGUUUGGGAUCUCAGAAAGAAGAAGUUGGACAAGCCAUUCAGAGAGGAAUAA